AUGGACAAGGUGCUCGAUGAAGAGGUCGGCGUGCCGUACUUAACUCCCGGACAGGUCCCUUUGCAAGCAGCAGCAGUCUUACCUUUUUUAACGCCUCCGGCUGGGGCGCCGACCUUCCCUCGUUUGUACGCGGCAUCACUGGGGGAGGAAUACAUCGAUGCAGCGGAAUGCGUUGAAUAUGCAUCGUCCAAUGACGCUGGAUUUAUGGUGAAA